CUAGGCUCUCUGGGGGCUUCCUGGGGCUCACCCAGGCAGGCUCCCCGGUCCAGGGACCUGCGAAGCCAGAGCCAUCAUCAUCUCCGGCUGCCCCGGCCAGGACCCGGCUGCUUUCCGUCACCAUGAGCGGCUGCUCCAAACGAUGCAGGCUCGGGUUGGUGAAAUUUGCCCAGACCAUCUUCAAGCUCAUCACCGGGACCCUCAGCAAAGAUAAGAUCGAAGAUGAGCUGGAGAUGACCGUGGUCUGCCACCGGCCCGAGGGCCUGGAGCAGCUCGAAGCCCAGACCAACUUCACCAAGCGGGAGCUCCAGGUCCUUUACCGAGGCUUCAAAAACGAGUGCCCCAGCGGCGUGGUCAACGAGGAGACAUUCAAGCAGAUCUACGCUCAGUUCUUCCCCCACGGAGACGCAAGCACCUACGCGCACUACCUCUUCAACGCCUUCGACACCACCCAGGCAGGCUCCGUGAAGUUUGAGGACUUUGUCACUGCACUGUCCAUUUUGCUGAGAGGAACUGUCCACGAGAAACUAAGGUGGACGUUUAACCUGUACGACAUCAACAAAGACGGAUACAUAAACAAGGAGGAGAUGAUGGGCAUCGUCAAGGCCAUCUACGACAUGAUGGGGAAGUACACCUACCCCGUGCUCAAGGAGGACACGCCCCGGAGGCACGUGGACGUCUUCUUCCAGAAAAUGGACAAAAAUAAGGAUGGCAUCGUGACGUUAGAUGAAUUCCUGGAGUCCUGUCAGGAGGACGACAACAUCAUGAGGUCUCUCCAGUUGUUCCACAGCGUCAUGUGACUGGGCAGUCCGCGCCCGCCCUCAGAGACACCACUAAACCCCCUUGUUCCGAUUCCACACACCGACUCUUGGCACAGACAACACCUUUUACACUUCGGACACUCUCUAGGAAGCCCGGUGUGGCGGGGCCCCUCUCCGCCCCCUUCUCCUCCGCCCGUCUUGAGAGAGCCACGCUGAGACUGGAGUUUGUUCUGGAAGCAUGCCGCCUCUCCCCGCCGCCCUGUGGCGGCCCCUGCUCGCGCUUGUACCGCGGUGCCCAGC